AUGAGAUUUAUGAGCUACUUCAAUGGGAAGGGUCUGUGCAUGAGUAUCAACCCUAAUGAGGCUGUUGCUUAUGGUGCAGCUAUGCAGGCUGCUUUGUUGACUCAAGGCAUUAAGAAUGUUCCUGAUUUGGUUCUGUUGGAUGUUAUGUCGCUGUCACUUGGUAUAGCCGUAAAAGGAUAUCUUUUGAGUGUUGUGAUUCCUAGGAAUACUACUAUUCCUAGAACAAGAGCUAGUGAUAACAAUUUACUGGGUUUUUUUAGUCUUUCUGGUUUUCCUCCUACUCCUCAGUACCAUCCUUUUGAUAUAUGCUUUGAUAUAGAUGUGAAUGGUAUUUUAUCUGUUUCUGCUGAGGAAAAAACCACCGGCUAUAAGAAUGAUAUUGCAAUAACUAAUGAUCAAGGAAAAUUGUCAGCAGAAGAAAUUAAAAGAAUGAUUGAAAAAGCUGAGACUUACCAGGCUGAGGAUAACAAGUUCCUUAGGAAGGCUAACGCAAUGAAUGCUUUGGAUGAUUACAUUUACAAGAUGAAAACGAUUUUAAAGAAGGACGAUAUCAGCUUAAAGCUUUGCUCACAAGAAAGGCAGAAGAUCAGUUUUGCAGUUACAAAGGCUACCAAUUUGCUCCAUGAUGAUAAACAACAGAAUGAAGCAGUGGUGUUUGAGGAUUCUCUGAAGGAGCUUGCCAUUUGA